AUGCAUAUCAAGCAGAUCACCAUUCAAGGCUUCAAAAGUUACAAAAAUCAAACCGUCGUCGAUCCCUUCUCCCCUAAACUCAACGUUAUUGUCGGUCGCAAUGGAUCAGGAAAGAGUAAUUUCUUCGCGGCGAUUCGUUUCGUACUCAGCGAUGCCUAUUCUCAGAUGGGACGCGAGGAGAGGCAGGCACUCAUACACGAAGGGUCUGGGUCCGCAGUGAUGUCUGCAUACGUGGAGAUAGUGUUUGACAACUCCGACGGCCGGUUCCCCACCGGAAAUGAUGAAUUGAUCCUACGCCGGACAAUCGGGCUGAAAAAGGACGAAUACUCGCUUGAUCGCAAAAAUGCCACCAAGCAAGAUGUCAUGCAGUUGCUGGAAAAUGCCGGCUUUUCGCGUGCCAAUCCAUACUACAUCGUUCCUCAGGGUCGGAUUACGCGGUUGACGAAUAUGAAAGAUUCGGAACGACUGGACGUCUUAAAGAGCGUGGCUGGAACACAACAGUUUGUCGCCAAGAAGGAGGAAUCACAAAAGAUCAUGAGUGAAACGAACAAUAAACUUGCGGCGAUUGAUCAGACGUUCGAUCAGAUCAAUGAGCGUCUGGCGGAACUCGAAGAAGAGCAGGAUGAGCUACGUGAUUUUCAGGAGCAGGAUCGUGAGAAGCGAGCAUUAGAAUACACUCUCUUUCACCGAGAACAGGAUGAAAUCAACAAGGCUCUGGCCGACCUGGAAGAUAGAAGAGCCGGAGGCAUCGAUGACGCCGAUGAGAAUCGCGACCGCUAUGCGCAAGGUGAAGAUGAGAUGGCCCGAAUCACUCAGCAGAUCCAGAUCUUGAAUCAACAAAUCCAUGCCGCCCGACUUGAGAAGAAGCAAUACGAAGAAGAAAAACGCGAGAAGGCGAAAGUACGGGCCCAGGUCGAAUUGGAAGAGAAAAACUUGUCUCAUGGGCAAGCGGCGGCGCAACGUGCGAAAGAGACCCAUGAUAGAGAGCUGAAGCAGGUGCGGGCACAGAUCCAACAAAUUGAAAAAGAGCUCGACAGUAUCAUUCCGCAAUUCGAUGCUGAUCGGGCGAAAGAGCAAUCGAUCAAGAAUCGUUUAGAGGAUGCCAUAAAUGCGCAACAACGCCUCUACGCAAAGCAGGGAAGAAGUGCCAGGUUCAAGUCGAAGAAAGAUCGAGAUAACUGGCUCAAAGCACAGAUUGACGAAGCUUUUGAAUCACUGUCCCGUUUCGAAGCCACUCGAACGCAGACGAGGGAGGGUAUCGCGGACGAUCAGAAACUUAUUUCCAGUCUGGAAAAGGAGAUUGAAAGCCGACAGCAGCAAAUUGGCGGUCAAGAUGAUGCUUUUGACCGGGAGAUCCAAGAAGCCCAUGAGCGAAAAGAAACGUUGAUGGAUAACCGAAAGAUGCUGUGGCGCCGAGAAGUUCAGUUGGACUCAGAGUACGCAACAGCACAAGACGACUUGAGAAAAGCCGAAAGAAAUCUGUCGCAUAUGAUGGACGGUAAUACCAGCCGGGGAUUGGACGCUGUCCGACGGAUAAAACAACAGCACCAUCUCGAAGGGUGUUAUGGUCCUUUGGCCGAAUUGAUAGAUGUGCCCCAACAUCACACUGCUAUCGAGGUCACCGCCGGAAACUCACUAUUUCACUAUGUGGUCGACAACGAUGACACAGCGACCAGGGUCAUGGAGAUUUUGAACCGAGAACGUGCUGGGCGUGUCACAUUCAUGCCCCUGAACCGACUCAAACCCAAGACGGCCCACUUUCCCAACGCGCAAGAUGCACGUCCACUCAUGUCACUCAUUAAGUAUGACCCUCAGUACGAGAAAGCGGUGCAACAAGUUUUUGGCAAGGCAAUCAUUGCCCAAAAUCUUAGUAUUGCGGCUCAAUACGCGAGAACUCAUGGUUUGACCGCGGUGACCCCUGAAGGUGACCGAUCGGACAAGAAAGGUGCGUUGACGGGUGGUUAUCAUGAUGUUCGAUCUUCAAGACUCAAGGCCACCAAAGCCGUCAUGAUCGCUCGGGAAAAAUUUGAGGCUGUCAAAGCAGAGAGCGACGACAAUAAGAAGAAAAUCGAGAAAAUCGACCAGACCAUCACCAGGGCCAUAGGCGAAGUUCAAAAACUGGAGCAAAGAAAGAGUCAAUCACAAGGCAACCAAAGACUCCUGAGACAGGAAAUCCGAAACAAAAUGGAUAUGCUUCAACGCAAGAAGGAUGAUCUUGAGGCAAAGAAAAAUCAAGAGACCGCCAUCGCUGCGAAUAUCAAAACACUGACCGAUCGACAAAACGCCUACCAGGCUGAACUUGGAUCCGACUUUAAGGAAGCUCUGACACCAGCAGAAGAGGCACAGCUGGAGGGGCUCGCAGGAACAAUUCAAAGUUUAAGACGUGAACACAACGAUGUUUCAUCCACGAGAGCAGAAAUCGAAACCAGGAAGGCAGAUUUGGAGGUCAGACUGAACGCAAGCCUCAAGCCUCAAUUGGCUGCGCUUGAAGCGGAUGACGUCGAGGAAGAGAAUAAGGCAUCUUCCAAUCUACGUGCGAAGAGAAUUGAAUUGGGCCGUCUGACCAAGGAAUUGAAUUCGAUUCAAGACACAUUGAAUGACCUGGAAGAUCGGCUGGACACGUCAGCGUCUCAAGUGGCUGAACUGGAAGCACAAGCCGCUGAGACCAAGAGGCAACAAGAGGAGCUGGCCAAAGCUAUUGAACGUCACCAGCGUCGUCUUGAAAAGUCCGUCCAGAAAAAGGCUGCUCUUCUCGCUUCGAAGCAAGAGACGAUCGAGAGCAUUCGUGAACUCGGGGCCAUACCCGAAGACUUACGGAAGAAGUAUCGAUCGAUGGACUCGAACGCGAUCGUGAAGGGACUUCAAAAGACUAAAGAAUCCCUGAAAAAGUACAACUCGGUCAAUAAACACGCCUUUGAGCAUUAUCGGAAAUCGGCGAAGCAGCGUGAGGAACUAGAAGCUCGAAGAAAAGACCUCGAAACUGCAAAGGCGUCCAUUCAGAAUCUCAUCGAGGUCCUUGAUCAGAGAAAGGAUGAAGCCAUUGAACGAACCUUCAAGCAGGUCAGUAAGGCUUUUGCCGAGGUCUUCCAGAAGCUUGUUCCCGCCGGCCGUGGCCGGUUGAUCAUUCAACGAAAGACAGACAAACGUCAAACCGAGGAUGAUGAAUCGGAAGAUGAACCAGUCAACAAGCGGGGGGUGGAGAACUACACGGGCGUUGGCAUCAGUGUUAGCUUUAAUAGCAAACACGAUGACCAACAACGUAUUCAGCAGCUCAGUGGUGGGCAAAAGAGUUUGUGCAGUCUCGCUCUCAUCUUCGCCAUUCAAGCCACUGAUCCAGCGCCAUUUUAUAUCUUUGACGAAAUCGAUGCCAACUUGGACGCCCAAUAUCGAACGGCGGUCGCAGAUCACCUCCUGUAUCUUGCGAAUAGAGCAGAUCAAGACCCUGUUGAUGGAGAUGAUCGACCAUCAGGAGGUCAAUUUAUCUGCACCACGUUCCGACCUGAGAUGUUGAGAGUCGCGGACAAAUGCUUUGGAGUUCGAUUCGGAAAUAAUGUGAGCAGCAUUCGCGAAGAAACCAAGGAGAAUGCGCUAGAUUUCAUUGAGAGCCAGACUCAGUGA